CAUAGACAGGACACGGGGGAGGGGCCAAACGACCGAACGAGAUGCACUUAUAGAAAUUUCAGUAGGAGUAUCAGAGAAAGCGGUAUUAUUGCUUGUCCUUGUCACAGUCUCACUUUUUGUUUGUUCCCCACCAAAAAUUUAGUAUGGUUUAUAGUGGGCAACAAAUAACCCGACCGAAAUACGUAGAUUGUUUUUAGUAUGUUGUCAGGAAUGUUAAAACGUGUUUUUAAUAAUAAUAUUGUCGCUUUGCGUAUGUUUUGUCCCUCACGGAGGCACGCGUAUAGCUCAUCUAUAUAAUACUAGGUCUAUGUUAUAUUUAUGUUUGUCCCUCUCAGACGCACGCGUAUACCACGUCUAUAAGAUACCACCAUCUAUGUCAAAAAGUUUAAACGUCAAAUACACGUCAACUCAAAUCAAAAUCAUUUUCGCUAGCGAUUAUGGAGCGUAAUGGUUUUGUGUUUCGUAAUAAACACGUUAUGUUUACAACUGGUAUUAAAACGGAAAACAGAAUUAACGAUAAAGACGUUUUAAUUGAAACAGAUGGCACGUUUAUAUUAGUCGUUAGGUAUAAAUAACACGGUUGUUUUGAUUAAUUUUCCUUUAAAAUGGAUCCUGAGGAUCAGAGUUCAGAUUUCACGAGAGUUGUUGACACUGUGAUGAGUUUAUUCGGUGAAGUGAUGACCCGAGAUGCUGUCUGCGCAAUCGUGGAGCACUGUGGUGGGGACUUGACUGAAGCAGUUGAUAUUAUUGUCAACAUGGCAGACGAUUCUUCUGUCAGCGAAUUAUCAAAUAAUGUACCAACGCCCAAUCAAUCUGCACACAAUGUUGCGGGAAAUCUAACUGUCUCACCAAAGCCCGACAAUACUGGAACCGUGGAACUCAUAACAAAAGAGACAGAAAGUCUAUCUGUAACAAGAAACCCACAAAAUACCAGUAUGCUGGAAUUACAACCUGGAUUAUCAUAUUCUGGAGCGUCACAAUCCAAAGGAGCAUACCCCAAACACCUUCCUAAACAAAGACCGAUCAACUCACAAAUAAGUAUAUGGACUCCACAAACUAAACAAAUUGUGGAAUACCACAAUAAAGGGAGUAGAACUUUGAUUUUAAUGAGAGGUCUACCUGGGAGCGGCAAGUCUUUCUUAGCACGGCAACUAGUUGAAACGAUGUGCCCAGGCAUGAAUUAUAAAUCCUUCAUAUUUACCACCGAUGACUUUUUCAUGCAUAGGGGAAGAUAUGAAUUUCAGAAGUACAUGCUUCCCGAGGCACAUUUAUGGAAUCAAAAUAGGGUACAAGAAGCAAUUGGACGCGGUUUAAGCCCUAUUAUCGUCGAUAAUACUAACGUGGAGAUACGGCACAUGGAGUCAUAUGUUAGGGCAGGAGUCCGGGGAGGCUACAUAAUAGAGGUCUUAGAACCUCAUACUCCAUGGGCCAAAAAAGUUGGCCAUUUGGCUCGAAAAAAUUCCCAUGACGUCAACAUUUCGACUUUAAAACGACUACUAGAUUCCUUCCAAGAUUGCCCGAACGGUGCUUUUUUAAUACAAAUUUUUGGGCUAUCAUAUCCUGCAGAUAAAGUCCCUCCAGUAAUGAGGAAUAUUCCACCUGUUUUUGAACAACUUGAUGAUCCAUCUCCACAUCAAACACGUCAAAGCCAGGUUGAAUCGGCGACAAGUCUGUCACGCCAGGUAUAUGAAGUGAGGCAAAAUCCGCCAUAUGUUUUGAGGACUGACGCGAUACAGCAGGAACAUCCUACUACAAGCCACAGCCAAGCUGACGAUGCUUCAAAUAAUACAUACGUGCCACUGUCAAAUGAGACACAGGCUGCUCCAACUCAGAAAAGCUUCUUAUCAUCCACUCAACAAUGCUCACAUAUAGAGCAUAUUAUAGAAACGACAAUAGAAAAUGAACAAGAAACAUCUGGUGAUAUUUCCUCUUUAACCACUAAUGACGCUGAAACAGCUCAUGAUGACAAUGAUCCAAUACAUAAAGUUGAGUUUGUAAAACUUGAAGAUGUGCGAAAGCAGUUAGAGCAAAUAGAAAAACUUGAAGAAGAAUGGGAAAAUGGAGAUGCAUGGAAUGAUGAUUCAAAAUCAACAGCAAGUUCUCUCACUGUAAAUGCUCCAGAGUUUGUUCCUAGACCACCUAGAAAUGCUGAAUUUAAUUCUACAGAACCAGAUAGAUUUUUGCCAUCCAGUUCCCAUUAUAACGAUUGGUCAAAGAUUUCAAUGUUCAUGCCAUCAUGGACUGAAUGUCAACCUACUAGUUUACUGGACACACCAAAUGUUGAAGUAGAGAUGGCAACAAAUGGCACUAGUGUAGAAUUUGGAGACACUGACGUCAAUAAUACAACCUUUAAAAUUCUUAUUGCUACACCUAGAGAUAUUAAUUUUUACUAUACGGGAUUAAACGAAGAAAAGAUUCCUAAUAAACGAAUGUUGGACAAAAGCAGUAUGACGAAUGAUCACGAUCACAUCGCGAUUGAAACUGUUAGGUGCAAAAAUGAAGAGAAACACUUUAUCGCUUUUAGAAAACUGUUCAAGAAUAUAUCCAAAGUGGAAUUGAGAGAUAUAUUUGACAAAUGUGUAGGCGAUGUAAACUGGGCUGUUGACAUUGUUCUAGACGGUAUGGCUAAUAAUCAAUUGCACACUAGUACUGGAGACAUUUCGGAUACAGAAGAUUUUGACGAUGAACAGUGUGACUGUCUAGCAGCAUACAACAUAAUACCAAACGUUAAUACACAGCCGAAAGCAACUAUACCCAUUCCAGAUCUAAGCCCAACUGAACUCGCACAAGCAAUAUCAGGACCUAGUACACCGAGAUUGAAAAAAGAGAAGAAUUUUUCGGAAUCAUCUAUACAGUUAAAACGUCAAAUAGAGCAAAACGUAGUCAUAUCUGACAAUCAUUACUCUAACCAUUGCCUUAAAAUAAGGAAAAUGCGCCGCGGUGAAGUGGACGAUGGUCAAGAAGUUUCACUACAACAAGAAACAGAAGAUAAAGAAAGAGACAGUCCUAUAGCUUCCACAUCAACUGCUGCCGAACCUGUAGCGGAGUCUUAUUUGAGUACAGAUGAUGACGAUUCUCAAACCGCUAGCAGUGAUGACGGCGAAAGAGUUGUCAAUGUUGAUUUAGGAGCAGUCUUUAUUUCAGAGCUAGACCACAUGUUUGGCCGGAACGAUAUGCUAUACCCAGAUAAUAUACUGACAAGGGUGAACAUGCCAGUUUCCUUGCUAAAUGAAAUUAACGCUCUUUGGAUUGAGUCGUUUAUGUAUCAAUUAGAUGAGCAGUCGCGCCAGUCGGAAAUAAUGCUACGUCAAGAUGAAGAAUUUGCGAGGCAGUUGGCUUUAAAAGAAGAACAAUUGGCUAAAGCGGGGCAAGAACCUGCUGUUCCAGACUUAAAAGACAUUAUGGAUAUGGAACUAGCGUUGUCCAUUUAUAAGAAGGAGAUAACGGCAGAAUGGCGCAAUAAUGUGCCUAAUGAUUUAGCCGCUAGAAUGACGAGAGAGAAACUGUACAAUUUGUUCCCUGACGUGAAUCCAGAAAUUCUCUCUGAACUUCUAAUGGCUCAUGACAACAAUUUUCAAGCUACUGUUGAGGUAUUAUUAUCAUCAACAGGCAAUGCCAAAAUACUGGAAGAAGAAAAUGGUGUAGCAAAAUUUAUAACUACAAAAGAACUAGAACGCCAUGAAAAGUUGAUUGAAGAACAAAAAAAGGCCCUGUCGGAAGUGGAGUGGCCCUUACUACCCAAAGAUGACAAGGUCGACAUGAACAUGGUGCAUGAGUACCGAACCAAAGCCAGCGAACAUCUGGAGCAGCGGAAUCUGUACCGACUGCGAGCCGAAAGCUACCUGGCGCGCAACAUGCCUCAAAUCGCCACGUACUACUCCGACGUGGCGGUGUUGCAUAAGAAGAAGUUCGACCACGCCAACAGUUUGGCGGCUGCUUCUCUGAUGCAGGUCCACGCAGCAAAAAACACGGACAAAUCCACAAUCGACCUUCACUUCAUGCGCGUCCUCGAAGCCAAAGAGACGCUAGACUUGUUCCUCGACUCCCACAUCCGCAAGUUGCGGGAGUCGCAGACGAAGGGGCCGCGGUUCCACACGCUGUUCUUCAUAACGGGCCGCGGCUUGCACAGUCCGGGCGGGCCGGUGAUAAAACCGGCCACCAAACGGAGGCUUCGUGAAAGGGGGAUUGCAUAUUCUGAACGCAACCCGGGGCUCCUGACGUCGCGGGUGUGCGCCGAGGACAAGCUGACGCACGAGUUCCAAUAGUACGCGCCCGCUCUGUGCCGCGGCCCCGCCUGCGUGCACCGCGCCGCGCUGCUACCCACCUUCCUCUACGUCUACCGCCACGUCGUCGGCCAACCCUGCCCCUUCGACACCGGGUACAUGCACGUAUCCCUCCUGCUCCCAGGUUUCGUGCUAAAUCACAAUCAGACCGUGUUCAGUUUUUGUGACGACCCCCCGCUUUUGGUGUGCACGACUAUUAUGCCGAUACCGGGCAGCUGGCUCGCUUUAUCUUAUACUUGGAUAGUUGAACGCAAUGGCGACCCGUUUAUUGUUAAUCCUCGGCCGUGAAAGAUGCCUCAGCUGUGAAUAUAAUACAUUUCGUAUUCAAGAGACGAUUCAACUGCUUGGAAGGUUCAAUAGGAAAAUCGCUCGAGGGUUCACAUUUCCUGAGUUAACCCAAAGUUUAAUUUGUAGAUAUAAUCUGCUCUCUCUGCAUUGUCCAGUUUUUCAAAAACAAAUAAAGAAAUUAAUAACAAGCAGCUCUGACUCGUCGACGAGGAUGUAUUUUGGUAUUGGAUUGUCAAUGUCAAGUGCCAACGGUGGGAAGUGCUGGUGGCCUAGCGGUGAGAGCGUGCGACUUGCAAUCUAGAGGUCGCAGGUUCAAACCCCGGCUCGUACCAAUAAGCUUUUCGGAACUUAUGUACGAAAUAUAAUUUGAUAUUUACCAGUCGCUUUCCGGUGAAGGAAAACAUCGUGAGAAAACCGGACUAAUCCCAAUAAGGCCUAGUUUACCCUCUGGGUUGGAAGGUCAGAUGGCAGUCGCUUUCGUAAAAACUAGUGCUAGUACGUCAAAUCAUGGGAUUAGUUGUCAAGCGGACCCCAGGCUCUCGUGAGGCGUAGCGAAAUGCCGGGAUAACGCGAGGAAGAAGAAUUGUCAAGUGCCAACGGUUCUUUCGUCUUGACAAUGCCAAGAAACCUUGCCAGCAUGUAUUAGCUCUCCGUGUUAACACUAAAUAGCAUUUCGGCUAGAGUCGGGCCACGCUAAGUUUUCAUGCCAAGGGCUUAGGGUUUGCACGACGGAUCCGAAAUGUAUGGGAAGAUCCGCGGAUCCGGAUCCAGAUCCGGAUAAUUUCAUACAUUUCGAAUCCGGAUUGCAAACCCUAAUUACGUCAAGUCAAAGGUAUGAAGUUUAUAUUAGAGUGAUGCAUGCAUUAUUACUGCCAAGUUUGUGCAAAGUUAGCGUGGUCAGAGUCUAUUUUAUUACAACUGUUAUCUAAUAUCUUGUAGAAAAUAAGAUUUUAAAUGUUGAGUAGUGAUGUGACCCCCGUCCUUAAGUGUUAUCGUAAUUAAAUGUAGCACAUAAAUACCUGAAAUAAGCUAAACCGCCAUUAUACAAUAUUUUUUUGUAAAUGUAUGUUUUAAAUAUCUGGUCUAAAUUAAAAACAGAGAAUAUAAUUAGAAAUUUAAGUCUUUAAAUACUUCAUAAAAUAAAAUGUUCCACCUUUCGUCACUUUUUCUGAGAAUCCCAAGUCAGCCUACUUUUGUUUUGACACUGGUCAUUUUUUAAAGCAAAGCUGUGGAACAUUUUUAAAACGAUAAUAAUUAGCUUCCUAUUAAAUUGUCAAUAAAGCGACUAAAUUUAAGACUGAGACUAGGUACAAUCACUUUAACAUAAAUCUAUUUGAUAUUUGUAUCAUCGACCAUUUACUGACCAAAUCAUUUAGUACAGAAUACAAUAUUUCGGCAUACGUAAAACUAGUCAUACUUAUAUCAUAAAUCAUAAUCUAUGAUCUUAAGAAUCGAACUUAGAAUCUAGAAUCUUAGACAUGUUAUCCACUACAUGUGUAAAUGGAAUACAAUGUCAUAUUUAAGAUCACAUUUUGCUUAGAGUUAGAGUGAGACGCAAUGACAUCGGACAAAGAAUUUUGACAGGUGGAAUACCACUUAAGGGUUUCCCCAGUUUUUUCUUCCAUUCUCCUCUAUAUUUCGUCACCUCAGCACUCGCUCCUUUCUUUCUUAUAUUCUCUUUCACACCAUCCAUCGUGUUUUUUCAUCUACCAUCCGCUCUCCGUCCAUCAACAUUCAUCCCUAACAUUCUUUUGCCUACAUGGCAUUCAUCCCUCCUCAUUGCAUGCCCAUACUCGUACCAUGCUAUACCUUUGGGGCCGGUACCAUUGUGGGAACCUGUCCAAAACCACUGAACAGACACCGCAAUCCACUACCAAUACAGCUCUUAUUGAAACAAAGAGCAAACGGCCGCCCAUAUUUCUAGCGAGGACCGAUUGACUCAAAACAAUUAGGUACUCUAAUAUACAAAAAAAACAUGCUAACUUACUACUACGGUUACCGGUGCCGAUGCUACUUUCAAACUUUCCCUUAUAUACUCAUUCUUAAUCCGAUCCUUUCUUGUCACUCCACAUAUCCAUCUCAACAUUCUCAUUUCCGCUGCGUACACUCUUCUUUCAUCCGCCAUUUCGUCGCCUAGCGUUCUGAUCCUUACUUUACAACAGGUCUCACGAUCGUCCUGUAGAUUUUCCCCUUAAUUUUAACUGCCAUUCGUGAAUCGCAAGUUGAUCCAGAGACCUGUUGCCAUUUCAUCUGUCCCGCAUAUAGGUAUAGUUUUUCCUUUCACGUCACACUAUAGGGACCGACGAUCGUGCGCGUUGGAGGGUCUACCAUCUUGUAGCCUAAAUUGGAAACAUAUAUGUGACACGUAUAUUGCCAAAGCAAGUGCUACCAUCUACCGUUCUCGUCGGUACGUUUCCUUGUGCACAGUAGGUUCUGCCAUCUCGUGGGCUACAUCGGAACCAUAAUCGACACAUUUACGCCUCGCGCCAAAAAUUUGACGGCUCCUAUGCUGCCCCAGUUCGUGUAAAAUGAAUCCAAAUAUAUUCGUUCAGUAGUGUUAGUACAGUCGCCAUCAGAUAUAUCGGAGCGGCCAAGGUACUUACAAUCAUCUGAACACGCCUCUAUUGUCAGGGCGUUAGAGUGCGUGUUCAGAUAUUGUGAACACCUUGGCCGCUCCGAUAUAUCUGAUGGCGACUGUACAGUAGUUUUUUCUAAGAAACAACAAAUAACACUAAUUUGUCAAGGAGGUGGGAGCUCCCUAAGCGGGUUGUUGUGAAUUACUUAAAUGUGCAUCAGACGCCGCUAGUCGGUAUAUAUUGGCUUGUAUUCCAUUUACAUUUUUUUUAUACUGUAGCAUUUAUCAUAUUAACGGUUUAACCGCCUUAGGCCCACUUGCACCAUUCCACUAACCCGGAGUUAACCAGUUAAACCUGGAGUUGCCAUGGUUACCCAUACAAUUUGACACUAGAUUAACGAUUUAACCGCUUAACCCCGGGUUAGUGGGGCAGUGCAAGUGGACCUUAGACGUCCACUUAUGCACGCGGCUACACCCCAAUAUCAACUUUCGUACAUUGCGACAAGGUUCACGGGCAUAGCAACUAGGAAAUGCUCCCGGUACUGAGUUUGUAUGGCGAGAACCGGGAAUUCCCGGUUCCGGUACACUAUUAUAGAAAGCCAGUACCGGGAGCACUCCCUAGUAGCAGCGUAACAUGUUCAUAAUUUAUAUUAAGUCCUAUUUAUAUUGUGUUGUAUUUAAAAAUAUUUUCAUUUAUUAAUUUCCACUAGACUAGGCCUUUACUGCCAAAAAAGCAUAGCUGCCAAUUUCUUCCUACUUCGUAAAUAUAAACAAUCGUUAAUUUUGGCGAACCAUGUAUCAUGUCGUCCCGAGCCUACUUUUGUACUGUCCUAUUCAAAGAUUGCGAAAUACGUAUAUAGUUAAUUAUGUUAUAUUUUCUAAACAGUUUACAAUUUUUUUUAAAGACGUUAAAAAGACAUUUUCGUGAAUUCCAUUUAUUAAUUAGUUUACUUAUACAUAUAUGUACCUAAGUACCUACACUGCCGCCUAGAAAAUUGUACUAUACUGGCUGUAACAGUCGUAAAGUUUUAUUUAAUUUGUUAAAAUCAAUGGCAAAGAAAUGAAAAGACGCACAAAGUGACAUUUAAACUAGACUAGGUCUUGUCUGUUACCUCCCGUGAUUCAUCUCACUUGAUGGUCUCAUCGGAAGAUCAGCGCUGGAAGCCACCAGGAACAUGCCGAGAUGGGGCCAUUUCGUGGCACUUUAAUCUUAUUUUGUGUUUUCUUUUUCUUUUAUAUAAUGUAUUCUACCGAUUGUUUGUGCUUACGAAUAAAUGAAUUUUAUUCUAUUCUACUAGUCUAUAUUGUGGAAAACUAGAUGGCGCUUUGUUAGCCAUGUACAAUUGUACGAGGGGUAACAAAACGUAUAGUUCCACGCCAUCUAUGUCGCUGUUCUCCUGAUGUGUUUCACCACUUUGUGCGUCUUACACAGUAAUUAUAUUAAGUUGCUGGUCUAAAUCAUUCACGUUAAAUCAUCAUCCACAUUUUGAACUCACAAUUCGUAAGUAAACCAUUGCAAAGAUGAUCAGUUAAGUGUUGAUGUUAUUAGUGUUAGUACAUUGAAAUUAAUGUUGUAGGAAUUCCAUAAUUAUUAAUGUAUUGUAGUAGUAUUUAGAAGUAGGUAAAUGUUAAUAAAGCACUUUUUUCGGCCUCGCGUAUAGUUUUUGAAAAGGGAUUUGCGCCAUUUUAUCGUACCUGUUACAUGAGAGAUACAUGGUGAAAAUACACACAAAUGGAGCAAUAUUUUAUUCGUAGCCGUAACGCUACGGCAACCUAUAUUAUUUUUUAUUCUGUAAUAUCUAUAGAAAUCUUGGAAUAGCUGGCUACAGAUAUCAUAUACCAUAUACGUUCGCCUUUAUGCCUCACCGAAUUGUUUUAGUAACCUGUGUACCUAAAAUAAAGUUCAUACUUUUCUACAACCUAUAAACCUCAAAAUGUAAGAUUUACUAAUUUCGACUUGAUAGCGAUUAGAACAUAAUUAUGUUACCGAUUAGCCUUACGAUAUAUUGCUCUACUUUGUGCGUCUUUUAAUUUUUUCCACUUUGUAUUUAAAAAAUCGAAUGUGUUAUCUGCCUAGCUUACAUAUAUCAAAGAUACAUUGAUUGAGUAAAAUGUGUGAAAUCUAAGACAAUUUUGUGCUUCGGAAUUUUAUAGGUAAACGAGAUGGCGCUGUAAAGCUCCAUACAUUUUGCGGUAACUCUGAUCGUCAAAAAUUGACGUUUGACAGUUCAGUGCGCAGUACAGCGCCAUCUGUUUUGGAUGUCAAAUUAAGGAGCACAUUUUUUUCUUAGACUUUA